GUAUACUGUAAAUAGAAGAAAAUGAAUCGCCAACGCGAAUGCCACAAACUACACAUGUAAAUUGUAAAUGGUGUGCGCGGGAAACACAAACUGCAGGCGCAACAGCAACAGCACGCACCAACCACAACAGACGUCCAAUUGCAAUUCGCAGCACUUCGAUGAGUUAAUAUUAAGAAAUAAAAGUGGAAACAUUAGUGGUAGAACAAGUGAAAGUGAAUUCAGUGCGCUAGUGGCACACCAAUAAUGGAACAGGUCGAUUCCACUGCAACUGAGCUGCACAUAAGCAGGAUACGUGAAGUGAAAGACUUGGCCGACGAUGUGCGCGAUGUUGUGAAAGAAGAGGUGAUAUUAGAAAGCCCGGGCCAUCACCAUCAUCAUCAUCACCACCAGUUGGAUUCUAAGGUUCGCAUGGUCACAUCCUCCUCAAACGACAACAGCGGCAGCGGCUCCGGUGGUGGAGCAGGAGGAGGCGGUGUUGUCUCUGUGCCAGUUUCACUGCCCAUCGGAUCAAUGAUAACCGGCACCACCUUUAAUGUGAUUACGCCCGAUCAGCUCCCCACCCACUUCAAGCCGAUGCUGUGCGUCGACAACAAUGGCUACCUUUCCGGUGGCACGGUCAGCAUGGGCAACGACCUCAAGACGAUCGUCAUCCAGCAGCAGCAGACACAGGCCAGCGGCGGAGGAGGGGGCUCCAACAGUGCUGGAGCCAACACAAAUGCCACCAACACACUUGGACUGAAUCAUGACGGCUCUGGGAGCAGGGCCCCCAGCGAGGACAGUCUUGUCCUCGAGCAUGCGGGUGGCGGUGGUCAACCAACGGGCUCCACCGGCUGGGCAGAGAACACAUCAACCCAACACAUGGAGGUCUUCCAGAUCCGUUGUAAAACCACCUGCGCCGAACUAUAUCGCAGCAAACUGGGAUCUGGCGGCCGUGGGCGCUGCGUCAAGUACAAGGAGAAGUGGCACACGCCUAGCGAGUUCGAGAAUGUGUGCGGCCGGGGCUCGAGCAAAGACUGGAAGCGCUCCAUCAAGUACGGUGGCAAGUCGCUACAAUCGCUCAUCGACGAGGGCACACUCACGCCCCAUGCAACUAACUGCAGCUGCACCGUCUGCUGCGACGAUGAAGCAGGUGAGUCAGCAUCCGGUCCUGUACGUCUAUUCACACCGUACAAGCGACGAAAGCGAAAUCAAACGGAUCUCGAUAUGGAGCCUGGUCCCAAGCGCAAGCGUAAUACCCAUCAUAGCAACAACAAUAAUAAUAGCAACACUAACAACAAUAACAACAAUACGAGCGGUAACAGCGCCAACAACAAUAUAGAUAUGUCGGCGGCCAAUGCGGCUGCUGCUGUGGCGGCAACCUCCACCGUUGUGGAUGAGAACAUGUUUUUGGCCGAGGAGAACAUCACGUCUAAGGAUGAGCCGUGGGCGGCGCUAAACGACAGCCUAGACACCUCCACCGAGCUGGUUGACCAAUCGCAAAUGGGCAAUGCCUACGAGCGUGAAACGUUCGUGGUGAACAUCAAUGAUGGGGCCUCCAUUGCCGUCCUGGACAACAGUCAAUCGAUGAAGAACAUCGAGCAUGUCUACUGCACCAUGGUCAAGGCAACCAAUGACUUUAAGCGUCUGCUCAACGAAAUGAAGCAGUCGUACGAGCGUCGCAUCGAGGUUUUGCAAAAGGAGCGCGAUGCGGCGGUCAGUGCGAUGCGCGUACAGGUUCACGCGGACAUCGAUGAUCCAAAUAUAUCUGGCUCCCUGCACGGAAAUGAGAUCAUAUCGGCCAAAAAGUGCGCCAACUGUAACCGCGAGGCAUUGGCUGAAUGCUCGCUGUGCCGGAAGACGCCGUACUGCUCGGAGUUUUGCCAGCGCAAGGAUUGGAAUGCUCAUCAGGUGGAGUGCACAAGGAAUCCGCAAGCGACAACGCAGCAGGUCAUGCUGUUGAUCGAUGAUCAGUCCUAAGCAACCUAACGAAAUGUACAUACAAAUUUUACUACUAAUAAUACGAAUAUACAAAGUUCCCCCUUUUCCUAUACCUCCCUAUUGUCCCAAUCCCUUACCCACACUUCGAAGCCCAUUAGCAAGCCUCUAUCCUUUUAGACUUAUGUCCUACAUUAAUGUAAUUCUUAACGUACAUAUAACUAUAUAAAUAUAUAUAUGUAUUGAUAUAUA